UGUUUCUGGUGACACGGGGUGCGCGCUGCUCCGAUCCAACCCGUCGUAAUGCUCAAUCCCACAGCGCAGGUUAGUCGAGCUCCUUGGUUGAUUGAUUUUCGUUUGGCUGACGUAGAAAGUUGUACGGAGGGCGACACGGAUAGCAGCCCCGUGUUUAGAUUUAGCACUAGCCGACAUUGAUCCAUCCUUAGGCAGAAACAGCUCUCACAAAGGAGGUUCACAGCUAUCCACUGGCAUGAAGGUCCAGUGUGUGCUACCUGUGACAUUAAUCGUGUCUGUCGCUAUGGUGGCGAUCAUGCACAUACGGAAAACGGAGUUCAACUAUGAGGAAAGAAAGAACAAGUUUGUGGACAUCAAGCUGCGGAUGACCUCCGACGUGCUGCAAGACCGUCAGAGUGAGGCGCCAGAGACGAAAGCCCUACUGGAGAAGACCCAAGGCGAGCAUAAAGCGCUGGAGGAAAAAGUGAACAUGCUCCAGGCCAAAGCUGAUGAGGAAACGGGUAAAUCAGACGUCUGCCUGGGAGGCCAGAAAUCUGCGACCGAUGAGCUGGCAUCAGCAGAGACCGAAUUACAAAAUCUCAAAGCUGAAUACGAUAAGGAGACGACCAACUGGAAAAACGAAUUGGAAGCACUGAAACGGCAACAAACAGAACGAAGCGCAGUGUGUGGCUUUUUGAAACCAGGAUCACACCUAGCAAGCUGUGGCAAUGAAGAGGCCCCUAAACCAGAAGAACCAAAGCCAGAGGCCCCUAAACCCGGGGAACCAAAGCCAGGGGCCCCUAAACCAGAUGAACCAAAGCCAGAGGCCCCUAAACCAGAGAAACCAAAGCCAAAGGACCCUGAACCAGAAGAAACAAAGCCAGAGGCCCCUAAACCCGGGGAACCAAAGGCAGAGGCCCCUAAACCAGAGAAACCAAAGCCAAAGGACCCUGAACCAGAAGAAACAAAGCCAGAGGACCCUGAACCAGAAGAAACAAAGCCAGAGGCCCCUGAACCAGAAGAAACAAAGCCAGAGGACCCUGAACCAGAAAAAAUAAAGCCAGAGGACCCUGAACCAGAAGAAACAAAGCCAGAGGCCCCUGAACCAUAGGAAAUAAAGGCAGAGGACCCUGAACCAGAGUAACCAAAGCAGGGGCCCUUAAGAAGAGAUGGGGUAUUACAACCUGUGUUUAUCAGAACAAACACAGUUGUUUAAGCAUCACAGCCAGACCCCAAACACAGCUUUACUGGACCACAGGAACCUUGAGUAGGAUGACUUGGUUCAUAAUUGGGAAUUUAAUGAAUAGUUCAUCUUUGUUUUGUUUUUAUGCAACAUAGGAGGAUGUAAUUUACAUUUUGAUGUGGACAUAUGUUUUUGUUUGUGCAUUGGUGCAAAAUGCUUUUGUAAUAAACAGAUUGUAUACUAAUAUAAAUAUUGUGUACUGGCCAGGUUCAAGAGUUCUCUCACAUUUGUUGUAAACGAAAGGCAAUGUAAGAUUGACAACAUAUAACUUAGUUUAAACAAAGCUUUCUUUACUUUAUGUUGUCGGUCCCCAGAUUUCUUGAUAUUUAUGACACAAGUAAAAUAUAUACACUGCUUUGACCCAAUGUUGGAUCCCUGAUUGGGGUGAUAUGUAUACAGUAACUUGUCAUUUAUGUUCACACUUUGACUUAAAUAAAAUGUAAAAUGUUAAUGUAAAAUAAAACUAUUAUUUUCCAGUAAAAUAAUGUGUUCAUAAUGACUAUUUAAAAUAUGCAGUAUCUCUUGAUUAUCUAUGUUAUUAAUAGUGGCAGUGGUGUAAAAUGUAGUAAAAUCUACUCAGGUAAAAAUAGAAAUACUAAAAUACAAAAAUUCCUAUAAUUGCAAAAGUACAGAAGUAUUAUCUGCAAAAUGGACUUAUAGUAUGAAAAGUUAAUGUACUCAUUAUGCACGGAAACCUUUUUAAAGCAAUAUGUUAUUGUUCUACAUAAAUGUACAAGCGACAUUAAAGUGUUUUAGCUUGUCGA